CAGUCAUUGCAGCGAAACACCAAUCCGCAUGAAUCCGCAUGAUCCGCACGCGGCCAAGAUGGCAACGUAUAGUCUGUACGCGUCGAUCGAGCGCGUCUGUUUUUAUAUCUGGCUUUUUACGAUAACCGUUCGGUGUCAAGAACCAAUAUCCUCGGGUAGUCGAUAUUAUGGCCGCGAUGGUGUCUACGUACCAUCGAACGGGCCCAAUCAUCGAACUGACACUUAUAUGUACAAAGAUAGAAGGUACGGCUAUCGGCCGAGUUAUCUGGAUCCUGUUUACAAAGGACCCACCAGACCAUCGGGAGAUCGGUAUCACUACGAGGAGACAACUUCGAGACUUCCUUUGCCAGGAGUACUGGGUGGUUGGCGCGAAGAUCUUCAAGGUAGAGAACGAGCCGAUUCGAAAAACUUGGACAGAGAUGUGACCGUGACCACUAGCUACGGACAAGUACAAGGAUUCAAAGUAUAUUUGUACGACGAUCCACAAGCAAGACACAGGCCUUGGAGUUUGCCUGUCGAAAGAGUUACAAAACACGUAAACGUGUUUCUGGGCAUUCCUUAUGCUACUCCUCCUACAAGGGAAGGUCGCUUUAAACCUCCCAGACCUCAUAAAGGUUGGCAAUUGUUGCAAGCCGUAGAUUGGGGACCGGCUUGUCCCCAACCCAGCUCGUACACAGGUGCCACUAAAGGAAUCAGAGACGUAGACGAGGACUGUUUGUACGUUAAUAUUUUUACUCCGUCCAUCGAAUCUGGUUUGGCUCAGCCGUAUCCGGUAAUGUUUUAUAUUCACGGAGGAGAAUUUACCCAUGGAGCCAGUAACUUGUUUCCAGCUCAUAUGUUGGCUGCGUUUUAUAACGUGGUAGUGGUAUCUGUUAAUUACAGACUUGGAGCACUCGGAUUUUUGAGUACAGGAGAUGAAAACAGUCCUGGGAAUUAUGGGAUUCUCGAUCAGUCUAUGGCGCUAAGAUGGGUCUACGAUAAUAUUAGAGCUUUCAACGGUAAUCCCGAUGCCAUAACUCUUUUUGGUCCUGGUGCUGGUGCUGCGAGCGCUGGAUUGUUAAUGGUUGCACCUAGAACCAGAGAUAUGGUGUCAAAAGUAAUCGCUCAGUCAGGUUCUGUCUUAGCAGAUUGGGCAGUUAUAAUCGAUAAAUACAGAGCGCAGAACACUUCUAGAGUGUACGCAGAAAUGCUAGGUUGCAGCAUAGAAAGUAGUUGGAAAUUGGUGCAGUGUUUGAAGGAUGGUAGAUCCUUCUUUGAGCUGGGUAACUCUGAAUUAAGACCGCAUAUUGGCACGUUUCCAUGGGCUCCUGUACUCGACAUUAAUUUUACUGUACCUAGUGAUAAUUGGUACGAAGAUUGGAGGGCAUCGGAUUGGCAUUUUUUCACCGAAACACCCGAACAAAGUAUAAAGAAUCAUAGGUUUAAGCGUAAUCUGGCAUACACAGCUGGUGUUACUACUCAAGAGGCAGCAUAUAUGAUAUAUAACAAUGCUACAUUGGCAAGAAAUCGUUAUGUAAUAAAUCCAGAAUUAUUUGAUAAAAAAAUUUGGGAAUUCGUUCUUCAAUACAAUUACACUCUUAAUCCUCAGGGCGUUUACGAGGCUAUCAAAUAUAUGUAUACGUAUUGGCCAGAUCCGAACAAUGUUACCUAUAUUCGUGAUCAAUUCAUUAACUUAUUAUCUGAUUUUCAUUACGUGGCACCUUUUGACAAAAUUGCAAAAUUACUGGUAGAGAAACGUGUACCAACUUACUUGUACGUAUUAAAUACGACUAUAGAUGCAUUAAAAUUGCCACACUGGCGUAGAGUGCCUCACAAUACCGAACUACUUUGGUUAACAGGAGCACCAUUUAUGGAUGUUGAAUUCUUCCCUGAGCAGUGGAAAUUAAAACGUGACAUGUGGACGGACAAUGAUAGGAACAUGAGUCAUUUCUUUAUGCAGGCGUAUGCAAAUUUUGCAACGUACGGAAAUCCUACACCCUCACAAAUUCUUGGUCUACACUUUGAAGUUGCUAGAUCAGGACAAUUGCGGUACUUGAAUAUCAAUACCACUUACAAUAGUUCAAUUUUAUUCAACUACCGACAAACCGAAAGUGCCUUUUGGUCUGCUUAUUUGCCAACUGUUGUUGGUCGUUUGGUGCCUACGUAUCCUCCAGUUACAGAAUACUGGUGGGAACCAAAGCAACCUCUUCAAAUUGCAUUUUGGUCAGUCUCUGCAACCUGUCUACUGCUGAUUGUUCUUUCUGUAGUAUGCUGCAUGCUUUGGCGCAAUGCCAAAAGACAGUCUGAUCACUACUAUAGCGGAGACAUCUUGAUGGUGCGAGACGACGAACCGUCGGAGGGAAUCGAGAAUAUAACUCGUACCUCGAAGGAAAACGUUUACGAAUACCGUGACACGCCACCGAUCAAGUCCAGGAUACCACGACAAAACGAAGCUAAACUUCAAGAUCGAUUGGCGCACAAUCGAAAGUUCAGUUCUACUCCAUCUCUUAGAAGCAAUUCUAACAUAUCGCUGAAAGACAUGCGUUCAGAAGGAUUUGUUACCAGUUCACCGAAUGGACAACCUAAAUUAAGCAAAGCUAUGAGCCAAUCGUCACUGCCUAAAACCAAAAGCAAGACGCAUUUAGUUCAAGGUGUUCCACAAACAGCUGUGUAACAUUACUUAUUUAUUUCGUUAGAGAA